UCUCGUGACUUUGGUAAUGACAAUUUCAGCAAUAGGAAAUUCUCUUCCACCUUUUUUUAUUUUUCCAAGAAAACAUUUUAAGAAUCACUUUCUCAACGGUGGACCACCCGGCUACGCAGGCGCUGCAAAUCCAAGCGGUUGUAUGAACGCGGAACAUUUUUUCGAAUUUUUGAUGUUCUUCCAAUCCCACGUUCAUGCUUCUGUCGACCACCCCGUUCUGCUUGUGUUAAACAAUCACGAGUCCCACUUAUCAAUCAAGGGACUAGAUUUUUGCAAAUCCAACAGUAUAAUUGUUUUGUCGCUUCCACCACACUGCUUACAUAAGUUUCAGCCACUCGAUCGCACUGUCUAUGGCCAAUUAAAGAAAUCCGUGAACGCGGAGUGUGACAUUUGGAUUACAUCCAAUCCUGGACGUUCAAUGACAAUUUAUGAUAUUCCCAAAAUUGAGUAUGAAUUUUUAUCAAGCAGUGAUCGCCCAUCUAUUUCGUCAGCACAACAUGAACAGAUUGAAGCUGCAGUUCCAUUACCACCAUCACCGACUGAACUUCAGGCGCUGGACAAUGAACCAAUGGCUUCAUGGAUGGUGACUGAAGAAGACGGAAGUUUGAUAGCAAGUAACUCUGUUAGCAAUUUGAGCGAAACACUUCAAAGUAUUCGUCCUCACCUGAAAGCAGAGUUGAGAAAGCAAACGCGUCGAGGUCGUAAACGUAGAUGUGCCAUGCUCACGAAUUCAUCUGAAAUGGUAGAACUGGCAGCGGAGCAAGAAACAGCUAAGAUCAAAAAAGCCACAAAAAAUACAACAGAUGCUUCAAAAAAAGAGAGGUCGACCCAAGAAAAUGGUACUACCGACAAACCCUGAUCCGCAAUCAUC